AAAAAGAUUCGUUAUUCUGAACGAAACAACACGAGCUUGGAGCGCUACUGGGUGGCUAUAGACCCUUGGUGGGGACACAGACGAUUUUUCAUUUCACUGAUGAGUGCACUUUAUAGUCCACAUAAUAAAAAUCGAUAUAUAAUGAUUCAGGAGUAGAGAAUGAGUGAACGUUUCCGAACACAGCCUCUGAAUUGGGGGGGACAGCCGUCCUGAGCGCUCCAUUUUGCCACAUCCAAUAUGGCGGCGCCGGCGACGCCAAAGAAGAAGAAAAAGAAGAAGAAGAAAAAUAAGAAGAAGAAAAAAAGAAGAAGAGCAACAAGAACAACGGGAAGAAAAAUAACGUAGGUGCGUCAUGUACAGUUUGCACCCAAAAAAUUGUUUACUGUAUGCCAAAACUGCUGCAUCAGUUGACUUCGUAAAUGACUAAGAACACAUCUGAAUAAGUUGAUAUCUGGACCAAGGUUUAGGAUCCUAACAAGCUGGGAGCGUACAUUCGCGAGGUGGAUCGACGGGAACGCCAAUCUGUGUCCUCUCUUGCGGAGUUUCACCUGAAUGCCGGCUCGCUUCCCUCUGUGGCGCCGCUUCCGUCUCCAUGCGCCGAAAACCGCGGACGCCGCUCCGGUGUUACUGUUAGGAAUGGAAUUGUCUCAAAGGGACAGGCUCUCUGAGCUUGUGGAGGAGCUUACCACUUCUGGACAGCUACAGAUCAACAUGGAAAAAAUGAAGGAAAUCAAGAAGAUAUGCAAGGAGUCUAAUGACUGCAUCGAUCAUGUCUACCACUCAAUAAUGUCCCAGCUCAACCAAGAACAUGCUGAGAUCCGUCUAUCGGCCUUUCAGAUAGCCAGUGAGCUUUUCCCCAAAUCACAUCACUUCAGAACACUCCUGGUGGACAACUUCCAGGAGUUCUUGGAGUUGACAGUAGAGACAAACUUUGAGCGGCCCCUACCCCCUCCUAAACUAACAGCCAGGAAACUUCGGUCACUUGCUGUCCAGACUAUCCAGUCCUGGCAAUCCUUUUAUGGGUCAGCGUAUAAGAAGUUGGAGCUGGGCUAUCACUUUCUCAAACAGUUUAAAAAGGUGGACUUCCAGGAUGCUGAGGCUAGGACAGUAGCAGAGCGGGAAAGAGAGACUGAGAGACAAAGGAAAAUGGAGAGAAUAUACAUUGAGAGACUGAAAGCAGCCAUGAGAGACAUGGAGGACUCCUCCCCAGAUAUUGAGGUGGCAUUGACAGAGUUGGACUCCUGCCUGAUGCUACUUUGCCCUCAGUUUACCCUUCUAGACAGCCACUUGCUCACACAAACAACCACUCGAUGUUUGCCAGAUGAAGAACAACCCUGCUGUAGUAAAAACUUGAUUGACAGGACAGAGAAGAUGAACGAGAGCAAGGAGAGGUGGCGCAAAGAAGAAAAUUACAUUGAGGAGCAGGAGGAGAAAAAAAUAAAGAAAAAGAAGCAAAAGAGGUGUGAAAAUGAACUAAACAGGAGUGACAAACAGAAGAAGAGAGCGAUGGAAGGAGGACAAAGGUUUAAGAUGAAACAUGAUGAUGAGGACAGAUGUGAAGCAGAAGAGCAGGGCCCUCUUCAUGGAGACUGUUUUAUUAGAAACUCUGGCCUUAUCUCUCGGUCAUAUUGUCUGGACUUGAACAUGAGUCAUGGUCUUCAUAUAGAGGAGACGGAGGAUAAUGAAGCUGUAGUUUCUACCUUGUUAGAUUUGCAGAGACUACUACUAACCAAGCACCUACCAGCUGUGCGUCAUUGGGUUCAGGUCUUCACCAAGUCUGGUGCUGAUCAGAGUCUGUUGAGAAGAUCAUUGGAUCUAAAAAAGUCCAUAGAAGCUUCCCUGCUGAAACUGAGCGAGUUGAACAUUGACUCUAAGAGCAAAAUGGCUUCAUCAUUUGAAGAUUGUGAUGAUGACACUGAUUUCAUUGAGGUACCAGAAAAAGAAGGAUACGAGUCACAUAUUCCUGGACAUCUACAAGUGGAAAGUGGUUUGAGUCCCUUUUCAUCCACUCCAACAUCAUCUAAGCAUGCAACUAAAAGCAUUGUUGCUGAAACAUCUUCCAGUCUGCACCGAGCUCCAUCCUCCUGCUACAGGAGACUUAAAAGACUCAAAAAAGAUGAGGGGGAUCCAACUUGUGGCGCUGCAACAUUCCCAAUUCUCCAAAAGGAUCUUUCUGUGACCACAUUAUCCAGCUCUUCUGAACCCAGUUCAACUCAGUCCAACAAAGACCAAACGGCUUUGAAGGCUCCAGUGGUUCCAUUUGGUUUGGAUCUCUAUUACUGGGGCCAGGAGCAGCCUAACGCCGGCAAGAUCACCAAAUUGUCCUCUCAGCAUCAGUUCUGGGUUCCAUCAGAGGUGGAUGAGGAGGUGCAAAACAAAGAGCUCAUGGCUGAGAGCACAUGCAGAUACAUCACUUUCCCUGGAAAAUUCAUUCCUGUCAGCCAUUAUUGUAAUGCACCAUUAGGCAAUGGGAAGAUGUGUAAGAGACAGGACCGACUGAAGCAGGGGUACAAUCUGAGCACAGAGGCCCAGUCCUCCCUGGUUUCCAUCACCUCCUCCAGAUCUACUUGCCCUUUCCAUGGGCGUAUUGUUCCGCGAGAUCAGGAGGGUCGGCCCUGCACCCAGGAGGACCGUCAGAGAGAAGAGCAGGAUAGGAGGAAGACAAAGAAGAAACAUGACUGGCAUGAUCCAGGGCUAGUUCGAGACAUUGAGAUUGAAACAGGACAAAGCCUAGGUUCUGACAGAAUGGAUAAACGGGGCAAAGGAAAAAAGAAAAAAUACCCCAACCUCAGCAAUCUGAAGCAGAGCGCCAACACACCACGGUCUCGGCUUGAGAAACGGAUAUUCAAUAAGAGCGCCAUGCAAAGAGUUGCCGAGACGAUGAAUAAAGUUGACAGCAAAAAACAUGAAAAGUUUUCCAACCAGUUCAACUAUGCCAUCCAUUGAUCUUCAGUUAAUUUGUGUUUGUAUUCUUUAUUAAUAAUUUUAUAACAUAAUAUUACCUUCUGUCUAAUAAUUUGAGAAAAUAUGUGAACUAUUCAGCGCAUGUGGCCAUCUGGUUAGCACAUCUGCCUCACAGUUCUGAGGACCCAGGUUCAAAUCCGGCCUCGCCUGUGUGGAGUUUGCAUGUUCUCCCCGUUGCCUGCGUGGGUUUUCUCCAGGUACUCCGGUUUCCUCCCACAUCUCAAAAACAUGCAUGGUAGGUUAAUUGAAGACUCUUAAAUUGCUCAUAGGUGUGAGUGUGAGUGCAAAUGGUUGUUGUUUAUACUGUAUGUGCCUGGCGACCAGGUCAGAACCACAGAAAUAAAUCAUCAAUCAAUCAAUCGAACUUUAUUUGUGAGUUCUUUCUAUACAAAAAAAUGCAACACAAAGUGUUGAACUUUAAUUAAAAUAUAAAAAUAAAUCAAACCAGCCAAUUAUUAAUUUUAAUACUAUACCAAUUAUAAGUAGAAUUGCAUUUAUGGCUAUGACUGCAGAGAUACCAACUUAUAGAAAUUCACUUCCAGAACAAUUUGUCUGAAUUUCCAUGUUUUUAAAAUUAUGUUAAGAACAUUACCACGGGACAGUUAUGGAAGUAUAUAAUAUAAUAGGAUAAAAACAAUAAUGCAUACUGUUUAAUUUCACCACAUAAUCAUUACAUAAUCAUAAUCGUUAUAAAUAAACAUAACGUUAUUUAUUUUAAAGUAUUAACUUUGGAAUGGCGGACGGCGGCACGGUGGGCGACUGGUUAGCACAUCUGCCUCACAGUUCUGAGGACCGGAGUUCAAAUCGGCCGGCCUCGCCUGUGUGGAGUUUGCAUGUUCUCCCCGUGCCUGCGUGGGUUUUCUGCGGGCACUCGUGUUAGGUUGAUUGAAAACUCUAAAUUACAGCAUAGCCGGGACCGGUGUGAGGGUAAGCGGUACAGAAAAUGGAUGGCUGGAAUGGCGGACACAUUUGCAGCCACGUCUUCUCUUGCAUUUUAUUUUGGUAUUUCCUUUGUAUCAACUGUGGCUGCUGAAAUUAUUCAAAAUCCCCGAUUGCGGGACUAAUAAACUUAUAUUAAAAAGAUUGAUUAUAUUAAUGUAAUUUUAAAUUAUAGGUUCAUUUUCUCAAGUGACAUAGCAGCGGUGACGUAGUAAUUCGUUUCCUGUUUCCGGUCCGUGAUGGCUGUCUGGCAUCAUAUAUUACUAUAUUUUCCUCUAUAAACACAAUUAGCCUGCUAUUUUGCUCUUCAAAGUUGGCUAAUCUCUGCUAUAACGCGGUUCCAGCCAGACUAGUGUGACAAGUGUACUGUAUCACCCAAUCACCUAUUUUGGUGUUUUGCGUUCAAGAGAUAGCUUAGCGAUUAGCACCGUGUUUCCGUCUGUCUCUUCUCUUGUCCUUGGUUGUAACGAUACUUGUCUAAAAGUUAAGUUUAGUAGCUUUCAUGGAGGCGAUGAUUAGUGAUUUAUGGUGCGCUGACAAGCUGGGCGGCGCAAAAUAGCAUCAAUAAGCAUUCCCCUGAGCCGAGCAGCAGAAAGCAUCGAGGUUGGGAGGCUCCAGUUUAGGCUAGUAGCCGCUAGUAUGAUGACAGAAAAGCCACGUGGUUCCCAUGAUUCAUCGUGACAUGCAAAUUUUAAUUAUUACAGUAAAAAAGAUGUUUAUCUUUGUUGUUGUGUUUUUAUGUUACGAGGAGUUCAUUGAAUAUAUGUUAUUUAACAUUUAUGCUUAUUUCACAUUCAUGGUUGAUUUAUGGCACUAUGGCACUAAGUCAUUAUCAAACUGUGAGUUGAAGCUUGUGUGUAAUUAAGUGACUACCCAGUCAAUUCAACUACUGUAGAUAUUCAGCAGUACUCUAUAGGGCAUUGCUUGUUAAUAGUAAACAAUUCUUUACAAUCCCCCACACCCCCACAACUCCAAAUUUCCAGUCCUACAUAUUAUUAGAAAUCAAUCAGAGUGAAAAGUAAUAUGCAGUAUCACCUUCCUUUUUACCACAAGCAGAUAAAUAGAAAAAUAAAUCAACAUAAAAUGACAACUUAUAGAGAAGCAGUAUUAAUAAUGUGUUAAAAUAAAGCAAAGAGGGAAGUGAGGUACAGUGAAAGGUAAAUUGUCAAAAGUGAAUGCUUCAUUUGAUUUUUUAAAUUUACGGUACUCCAGGUCGAGAAUUUUGUGAAAUUAAAUAGCACCACUUUUCCCAAUCCAUCCAUCCAUUAUCUGAGCCGCUUCUAACUCACUAGGGUCACGGGCGUGCUGGAGCCUAUCCCAGCUGUCAUCGGGGAGGAGGUGGGGUACACCCUGAACUGGUUGCCAGCCAAUCGCAGGGCACAUAGAAACAAACAGCCAUUCGCACUCACAGUCAUGCCUACGGGCAAUUUAGAGUCUCCAAUUAAUGCAUGUUUUUGGGAUGUGGGAGGAAACCGGUGUGCCCGGAGAAAACCCACGCAGGCACGGGGAGAACAUGCAAACUCCACACAGGCGGGGCCAGGGAUUGAAUCCGGGUCCUCAGAACUGUGAGGCUGACGCUCUAACCAGUCGCCCACUGUGCCGCACUUUUCCCAAUAUUUCACCUAAUUUAGAAAUUGACACAAUUUUGGACAUUCCCACAAAUCAGAAGGGUCUUCUCUCCAAAAUGUAUGCUUUGAUUUUCCACCUUAAGAACAUCUCUCGAUUAAAUUCAGAAAAGAUUGGGAAGCAGAACUUGGUAGAGUUAUGAUUGACAGUGACCGGGACUCUGCAUUAACACCAGUAAAUGACAGCACAUCUUGGUCCAAGCUUAAUCUGAUUCAAUUUAAGGUUGUCCACAGUUUCUACAACCCCAAUUCUAAUGAAGUUGGGACAUUGUGUUAAGCAUAAAUAAAAACAGAAAACAAUGAUUUGCAAAGCAAGUUCAACCUAUAUUUAAUUGAAUACACUACAAAGAUAAGAUAUUUAUUGUUCAAACUGAUAAACUUUGUUUUUAGAAAAUAAUCGUUAACUGAGAAUUUUAUGGCAGCAACACGUUCCAAAAAAAGAUGGGAUAGGGUCAUGUUUACCACUGUGUUACAUCACCUUUUAUUUUAACAACAUUCAAUAAACAUUUGGGAACUGA